AUGGAGCGCAAAAUUAGGCUGAAGGUGGUGGAACUACAGUCGAUCGAAGUGAUGCAACGUAAAGGCCUGAACAAACUCAAGCACUCUAAACAGAACAGUGAGCUACUCCUAGCUGCCAAUUCGGCUCUUGCCAGGAUCUGUGAGAAGGAACACCUGAACCUCACAGAGAUCAACCAACUGAUUUACGCGGCGGCAGCAGCAAUCUCUGGCGAAAUCAAACAAAAGCCACCGCGUAAGCCGAAGUCUAGCGAAGGACCAAAAUGGAAGAUGAGAAUCAAGAGCAAAAUCUCACUCUUACGCAAAGACAUAUCAGUAUUGGCAGAGCUGAAUAAAGGAGUCGCCUGCAGCUCUCUACACCAGAAGGCCAAUAAAAUCAAGAGUCGGCAUGGAAUAAGUGAACUAGCAGAGCUCAUCAGGACCCUCAAGAUGAAACUCCAGGCCAAGGCGCAACGACUCAGAAGGGACCUCAAUCAGAAGCAGAAACCUGUCAUCGAACCACCAUCUCAAUCUGACGUUGAGGACUUUUGGAGGAGCAUACUUGAAGAUGGCAGGCAUCACAACACUGAGGUCGCUUGGAUCCAACGAGAAGUCGAUGCAAAUGCAAAAAUCAAGCCUGAAAAAUGGAAAGACUUCUCUGCUAUGGAGAUCAAGAAGAUCGUAAAAAAUCUCCAAAACUGGAAGGCCCCUGACCCAGAUAAAGUCCAUAACUUCUGGGUCAAGCACUUUGAUGCCGUGCACGAACAACUAGCACGAGCACUUAGUGAGGUCACCAGAGACCCAAGUAUUCUACCAGACUGGUUCACCACAGGAGUGACGUUCCUACUCACAAAAGGCAAGAACUCAAAGGACCCAAAGAACUAUCGUCCGAUAACUUGCCUCCCAACAAUGUAUAAGGUGCUAACCACUUUGAUCUCUGAGAGGAUGUACGCCCAUCUGCUUGGCAGCGACGUCCUGCCAACCGAGCAGAAGGGAGGCAGGAAAGCAACGCGAGAAUGCAAAGAUCAACUCCUCGUCGACAAAGCGGUCAUAGAGGACGCGAAGAGAGGCAAACGCAACCUCAGUAUGGCUUGGAUAGACUAUAAGAAAGCCUACGAUAGCGUCCCGCACAGUUGGAUCAUUGCAGCUAUGAAGAUCUACGGAACCUGCCCGACCAUCGUCAAGUUCCUGGAAGCAGCAAUGAAGGAGUGGAACACCGAGAUGCAGCUAUAUCACUCAGGCGGCUGCAUUAAAACUGGUAGAAUUGCCAUCAUAAGAGGAAUUUUCCAAGGCGACUCCUUGUCGCCACUGCUAUUUUGUUUGUCGCUGGUUCCCCUGAACAACAUAGUAACUAGCGACAACCUAGGAUAUGUAAUGCACAAAGAGCACUGA